CUUCUCGCCGGCGCUGAUUGGCUGCGUCAGCUAAGCCCCUCCCCCGGCCUACACGUAUUGUUGUUCACCGAUAACAAAGAUGGCGACCGGACCCGCGUAAAUUGGUGUAUCCAUAGAGGUGAUUGUCCUGUCUUCAUGUUGUCAGUGAAGUCCUGUGACAAGCAAAGCUAGUAAGAAAGGAGGAAUCAUGGCUUUUGAGGAGAUCAAGAGUAAAGGAGGAAUGGGUAAUGUCGAUUUGGGUAUGGAGGGUGACAGGGGCCUGGUGGCUGGCCGUAGUCAGAGAGAGAAGAGGAGGUCGUACAAGGACCUGCUUAGGGAGGAGGAGGAGAUUGCUGCUCAGGUCCGCAAGUCCUCCAAGAAACGACCAAAGGACUCAGAACUUUUCAUGCUUGGAGGGGACUCGCACAAAAAGAAGAAAAAACACAGUGAUGACUACUAUUACAGAGACCAUGAUGGUUCAGGUCCACCUCCUCACAAGAAAAAACACAAGUCCGCAGACCGCUCUCCCCCACUGUCCUCCCCUUCUUCCUCCCACCCGGCGGACACAGCCAUGGGCCUCCUGCAGGCCAUCACCUCCCCCCUGGCCACAGGAACAGACCCCAGUCCCCACCUGCACAAGAAACCCUCCUACCCCUCGUUCUCCUCCCACUCCUCCAAGGACCGAAAACGUGAGGGCACCAGUGGCGGUAGCGGGAGCAAAGGGACUCACUCAUUCUCUCACUCCCGCCCUGUGUCUUCAUCUUCAUCCUCCUCCAAGAAGCAUUCCUCCUCUUCCUCAAAGUCGUCUCUGUUCCACGGCGGAGCAUCCAAAGAGGAGCCACUGACCUUGCGUGAGGCUGACGGGCUGAAGAUGAAGCUCAUCAUGUCACCAGAGAAGGAGGAAGGAGAGAGCUUUCCAUACACGCCGCACUCCUCCAAAGGAGGGAUUAAGAAAGAGAAGGACAGAGACCGCAUGCAGCUCUCCAAGUCACCCAAGAAGAAACUGCAGCAGAAUCGAGAUCCGCUGCCGGUGGUGGGCAAAGAGGUGGAGGUAGAAGGUCACUACGGGGGUGGCAUGGGAGAUGAUAGCUCUUCAUCUGGGGCAGAGCUGGAGGCAGGGGAGCUGGUUAUAGAUGACUCAUACACGCACAUGUCAAAGAAGAAAAAGAAGAGCAAGAAAAGCAAGAAGAAGAAGGACAAAGAGAAGGACAGGGAUAAAGAUAAAAGCGGAAGGGAGAAGAAACACAGUAAAGGAUCUGGAGACCCAUCCAGGAGCCACAGCCACUCCCAUCCCACCGUCACCCACAGUGCUGUUGGUCCAAUGUAUGCCAUGGGCACCCCCAUCCCUCCACACCACCAUCAAGGCAACGACACAGUGAUCGAGAAGAAGAAGAAGAAGGAGGAGAAGGAGAGGGAAAAGCAUGAAAAGGAUAAAGAUAAGCCCAAGAAGAAAAACACAACCGCAUAUCAAGUGUUUUGUAAGGAGUAUAGGGUCAAUAUAAAUGCUGAACAGCCAGGACUAGUCUUUGGUGAGCUCAGCAAGAAGUUGGCAGAGGUGUGGAAGGCCAUGCCUGAGAAAGACAAAUUGGUUUGGAGGCAGAAAGCCCAAUAUCUGCAGCACAAACAGAACAAAGCUGAGGCCACCACAGUCAAACGAAAGAGCUCCACUGAUAGCAAAAGCAAAGCUGUUGGGAUGGCAACAGGGAUGGUGUCUCCCACCAGAGCAUCUGGAGGUAUGUCCCUGUCUCCAGCACGAGUCCCAGACGUUGAUCCCAUCGACGCAGCAGCUCACCUGCAGCUACUAGGAGAGUCUCUGUCUCUCAUCGGCCACCGGCUGCAAGAAACAGAGGGCAUGGUGGCAGUGUCAGGGAGUCUGUCUGUCCUUCUGGACUCCAUCCUGUGUGCCCUGGGGCCGCUGACCUGUCUCACAGCACAGAUACCACAACUAAACGGAUGUCCUCGAAAUGUUCUGUCAAAUACUUUGGACAACAUUGCCUACAUCAUGCCCGGGCUGUAAGUGAAGGAAGACAAUCAUUCCUCUGUACGACGAGUCGAUGAAAGAGAAGAGGUUUGAGUGGAAGUGUCCUUUACAGAAGUGGCGCUUGGACUUUUAUUUAAGCCACUGCUUGGCAUCCAAAAACCCUGGACAUUUCUAGUGUCAGUAUGUUUUUAAAGCGUAUUUUUUAAUACCUUUUAUGUUGAUUUUCUAAUUGUUAUAUUUUUAAAGGAAACAUUUUACUGAACACCUUAAUCUUUCUUGGCAUGUUGGCUUGGUUAAACUGUUAUUACACAGUAUGUCUCUGUAUGAAUGGCGGAGUGUGUGUGUGUGUAUGUGUAUAUGUAUCUGUAUGAAUGUGUGUAUAUGUUUUAGUUUGGUAUAGUGAACGUGACUGUAUGACUGUUGAAAGUGUGUUGUGUACAUACAAGUCUACACAUUCAUAGAUGUGGUCUAGAGGAUAUUUUUUUUACUCAAAUGUACAGAAACAGUUAAGUCAGGGUCCAAGUCUCUCUUGCUCAUCAUCAACAUAACAAGAAUAAUAUAUUUGACAACACUGUUUAUUUCUCUUUUGUCAUGUAAGUACUGUCAUGCCUUGUUUUAUACAUGUGCUAUUUUACCACGCAUACGGGAUUUAGAUCUUGAUUGUACUGUAGAACUGAAGAUGUAAUAGAAAACACUUUUAGGUGCAACUUUAUUGUAAUUGAGAGCUUUUCUAAGCACAACACUGUCAGUCAGCGCGUCACAUUCAUGCAUUUCCAGUAGGCAGUGGAAAUGACGACAAUAAAAAUGAUGCAUUUAUAAAUUUA